ACCAGUUGACACAUCCUGGUGUGCUGUGUGACUAAAGGGCUGGGUAGUCAAGAGGGCGUUUAUUUGCGGUUAUGUAGGCACCUAAGGCAAUUAGCGAAAGCAUGGUACGUUACCAAAUCAUACUCACACGCUGGUUUUAUUUUUCUUUUAAUGGGUAAUUUUAUAGCGGCAUUGUGUCCUGUACCUUAAUGAUUCAACAAACAGAGUUCGACAAAAUAAAUACUAGAUUGAAAUACGUAUUAGGGUUGAUAUGAUUAACUAAGAAAAAGACUGAGAUGGUACCCCCAGCUUGGUCGUAGUUCUAUGACUGCAACUAAUAAAAUAGACGACUGGAUUAUUGUAGUCCAUCACUACUUGGAAACGACUGCAUAAGAAUGCCUUUAUUAUAGGUCUACUCGAUUAAGUUUAGCUGUGGCUAAGAAACAAGAAAUCGACAUUAAUACAAUUAAAAUAGAAAAUGUUCGUGUGCCUUUCCAUCACUUAACUGGUUAGGGGAUUUUGUUAUCUUUCUAAGAAAAAAGAAAGUAAUUUACAUAAAAUUAUAUAAUUUAAAAAAUAAAUAAACAGCGAUGAACUUCACGUCCAUAUGGUAGAAACGUCUUGAAUUCAUUCAAAUACUUCUCGAAGUUGUAGUACUUUUCAAAUGUCGACAAUGUAUGGAUAAAUAACACUGGUAAUUUAUAUUAAUAUCAAAAAUAGUAUGAGGAACAUGUUUUAGGUUCUCACCGGAUAUAGUAUUUUUGUACUCUCUUUCGGGAAGAGUUAUGUUUAUAUUUCGCUUACCGUAAGAAGCUCGAUAGACAAUGAAACUUAAUUUGUCAAACACUUACAACGUGGAAUUGCUGAAGUCUUUUAAGACUCAAGAAAGAUUCAAUGUUCUCAGAGUAUCUACAUUAUUUAGUCAAGCUGGUUUGAAAAUCAUUGUUGGAGGUGAAGAUGGAAUUAUACGGAUAUACGAGUUAUCAUCUGUGGAUAAUAAACCGAAGAUAAUUCUGGAAACAAAAAGCGGUCCCAUACAGAGCAUGGUUGUUCAUGAUGUGACUAAAUUCUAUGAUCAAGACUUAAUAGUUGCCGAUUCUUUGGGCAUGUUAACUAUCUUCUGUAACCAACAAAUUCUCAGCCGACAGAAACUAUCCAAUGGUGCCAUCAGUCAUUUACAGAUAAGGACCGAUCAAACCGGUGAUUUAGCCAUUGUGACAAGUGAUGAGUUUGGUAUUGUCUGUGCCAGCAAAGUUUCAGAGGAACUAUGGAAGAUAAACCUUAAUAACAAAUGCACGAAGGAACUGAAGGGUGAGAUAAUUGUGAAAAGCCUCUUGUCUGUGGACUUCGUUGAUCAACAUGGCCACAAGUCAUGCUAUGUGCUCAUAUCAGAUAACAUGAAGCAAAUAUUUGUGUUACGAGAUGGCUCUAUUGUGAACCUACUGACGGCACCAGGUGUUAUAGUGGCUAUGUGUAAAGGUUCAUUUGUAAACAGCAAUAUAUUAGGUUACCAAGCACAACCCAAUGGUGACAUAGCCAGAGAUUCUGACCCACCAGAAAAUACACAAGUCCUCCUUGGCACUGAGAAUGGUGCAAUAUACUUCCUUCACAAUUUUACAAUAUCUGUCGAUGAAUAUGCCAGAGUAUCUCAGCCAAUACUCGACUUACAACCACUUCAUCUUCCAGAUUGUUCUUCAGAUCUGGUUCUAUGUUCAGGCUAUUACAAUGCUAUCACAGUCUUUUUAGAAGGCAGGAAAAUCUGCCAAUACACCACACCUGACUGGGUGAGUACGAUGGAUAUAGCAGAUACUGAUGAAGAUGGCACUGAUGAGAUUAUCCUUGGAUGUAAAGACAAUACUAUUCAGAUUAUAAAAUUAUCUAUCAAGUGACCACUCACUUGAAAAUUCUAA